AUGGGUGUAGCGUUAACUCGAGCAGCUCAGUGGACGGCUGCUGGCAUCGGGAUCGGCAAGUUAGAAUUUACCCCUCUGAACAUCUCCCUACUGAACAGCAUUAUCAAAUUUGUGGAAUAUGUUAGUUCCAAGCACCCACAGGAAGCUGCUUUGGUGUUUCGGGAACCUCUUGAAUGGAAGUCGAAUUUGGAGAUAUCCGGAUUUGGAGCGGACUACCAAAUCAGCAAAAAAACUGUUGUAUCAAAAGAAAAUGUGGAUGGAAACCCCUUGCUGAUUUUGGAUGCUUCUACUGGUGUCAUCAAAGUGUCCACUUUUCACCAGCUGGCCAAGCUGCUAGAAAUAGCUCAGAAAGAGAAACUGAAAGAAAUACAAGCUUGUCUAGAAGCAAACAGAGACCCAAUUGCAAAGAUCCUGGGGCCAAGCUUUGCUACUGUGGAAGGAGAGGACAAAUCUAUGCUUCGUUUACUAGAAAAAGUGAAGAAAGGCGAUGAAGAACCUGAGGCUGAAGCUCAGAUGAAGUUGCUUCUGCUUCUGCAGCAGCUAGACAUGCAACUUCUAAAUACUUCUUUACAGAAAAUUUCACAAGAAGUGCGGCUGAACCCUCAGGCUAUAAAGAAUGACGUGCAACUGCUCCAGUCCUUCUCUGGAGAAGGAGAUCUGACUGUUUUAAAAUCGAUCAACUACACAUCAGAAUAUGAAUUUUCUAAUGGAUGCAGAGCCCCACCAUGGAGACAAGUAUAUGGAGAUAUUUGCUACCUGAUUAUUAAUACUCAUGAUACUGAAACUUUGUAUGUUACCUGUAACACAGCUGGAGUUUACCUGAAUGGGGGUCUGGUAAAGGAUAGUGAAGAUAUUAUUUAUGACAGAAGUGGUGAUAUCUACAAGGAUCUUAUUACAUUCCUUAAGGAAAAAUCUCCAAUAUUUGCAGAAAAUCUUAAUCGGGUUCAACAGAAUUUUGUACUACAAAAGAAAUCCCCAUCUACUCGAAAGCCCCAGAAAGCAGAAGUAGCUAUUAAUGAGGAACUUGACCAGAGUGAAAGGUUUAGUGAAUAUCAGGACAAGAAUAAGUUUGAAAGAAAGAAACCACCGCCAAAACCUAAGACAAGGGAUACAAAGAAAGAAGAAACUUCCUUUGUACAUAAGACUCUAGAAUCAUCCCAUCGGCUAUCGUUUGAGGAUCUUUCAGCAUUUCUGGAUGAGAGUGAGGCCUGCAAAAUGAAUGAACUAGGAAGCACUUAA